UCAACACAUGCACAUAGUGGUUGCAGUACGUUAUUGUUGAAACUACUUGAGAAAUUUAAACUGAUUACACCAUUGAUAAGGAAAACCCUUCGUUGGUGCGCAUCAUUUCAAUCAGGACAUCAUGCUUGCGUUAGGCCUUCUGUUCGUGGUUUUUAUAGCAGGAAACGCGGAUGGCUUGCCGCUGCUCCACUGCGACAACGUCACGAUAGUAACGCGAGAAGAAUGGGGCGCUCAGCCGUCCAAGUCGGUCAGCUACAUGGGCACGCCGGUCAGCGUCGUCUUCAUUCACCACACGGCGAUGAGCGAGUGUCACACGAAGUUCAGGUGCGCAGAGGAGAUGCGCAUCAUACAGCGCUUUCAUCAGGUUGACAGAGGCUGGGAUGACAUCGGUUACAACUUUUUAAUUGGAGAGGAUGGUCGGGCCUACGAAGGCCGAGCCUGGGACCGGAUUGGAGCGCACACACUAGGCUGGAACAACGUGGCGAUUGCGUUUUCUAUUAUGGGCGACUACAGUCACAAGCUCCCGAACGACGCCGCAUUGGACGCCGUUCAUGCCAUGAUCGACUACGGGAUCAAACUCGGCAAGAUCACCCCGGACUACAAAUUGUACGGCCACCGGGACGCUGGCACCACGGAGUGUCCGGGGCAGCAGCUGUACGAUCUGAUACGAACCUGGAAACAUAACGGUCGCCUUGGCAACGAGCCUCUCGUGAAACCAACGCCCAUCCCUUACCAACCCACCACGUCCACCAGUGGAAUCUAUUAAACAAAAGCAUUCUCAACAACAAAAAUUCCGUAUAAUGUAUGAAUAAUUUGAGAGUAAAAGUGUCCUCUGUUAUCACAUAUAUAAUACAUAACAAUGAUUAAUAAAUAAGUUCUUUGAUUGA